GCAACAAGAAUGUCCAUAAAAUUGAAGAAAACCAUCCGAGAGAAGAUUGAAGAUAUUAAGAACCAGAGAGACGUGAUUUUUGCCUUCCUAGAUGAGUUUGUUGCAGAAGCUGAGUCUAAAGCAGAAUCAUUGCUAUCCAUGCGAGACACUGGUCAAUUCAAUCAGAGAUAUGUGGAGGUCAUGCAGCACCUGGACAGGUGUUAUAACACCUUUGUUCUUCUGUCUGCUGAGGCAGAGGAAAAAAUAGGUGGUGGAGGCUUUUACAAGGAAGAAAAUGACAGAUUGAAUGAAGAAAUUGAUGAUGCUCUAACCGGUGCCACAUCACUGUCCAAUAGUGGUCCUCAGACAGAUACUGCAAAGAAGAUUCAACAAGGCACAAAUCAGUGUCAACUUCAAACCAAUACUCUGUGUCAGUCUCAACCCAAGAAAACUGACAGCCAUUCUCUAACCAGGAACAAUGUCAAUCUAUCCAUACCAUCAAACACUGUCAGUAAUUCAUCAAGCAAGAAUGUGACAAGUUAUGAUAAAUCUGUUCAAAAAGACAUGAAGACAGAACUUAUCUUGGGAGAUGGUACAUUAGAAGUUGAGAAAGUUGGUAUAAUGGAAUCUAAAAACAUUGACUUUGCAGCUUUCAAUCCACAUACAGUAAGUACGUUAGAUGUGCCACAGACCUUGGGUGAAGUAUAUGAUGAUGGUGAUGUGAAUCUGAACAAAGAGGUGAAUAAACCUACAUGUGUGAAGGGUGUAUUUAAUGUGGUCAAGCCAGAACACAAGACUACAAAAACAGAUCCCGAUGACCAUUCAGCUGAAAGAUUUGGAAACUUUAAUGAGAAAAAAGGUCCUCUGUGUCCAUCUGCAGAUUCUGAUUCCAUAGAGGGAAUGAGGACAGGUAAACCCAAGCUGGACAUUGAAGUGGCCAGGCGCUUCCUUCAAGGUGUCAUUCACCAGGCUAAUGUGGACAACUUAAAAUUAGAUCGAGAGAAUAAGAGAUCUUCAGAAAUAAAACAGGAAAAAGAUUCAAGAACAGAUAAAGAAGAGGAAUUAGUUGUGGGCAAAUCACUUAAAAGUAAUAUCUCUGUGGACAAAACAAAGGGGUCAUCUGUCUUUUCUCGGAAGCUGGAUCCUAGUACAAGUAAGAUUGACAAUGAUAACAUUAGAGUGAAACACUCUCAAUCAGAGGAGCAUCAUUAUAAGACAAAGAAGAAUAAUGAGACAGAACAUAGUAAAGACAAACCACAACAUACUAGUAUGGAGACAGAGAAGUCUGGUGAUACAAAACAGAAGGAAAUAGUGACUCUAGGCUCAGGACUGGUGAAUGAGGAAAUAAAGGAAAAUGAAAGGAUAUCAUCAAAUUUCCAGGAAAAUAGCCAGUCCAAAAGUAGAACUGUUGUUUUAGAGGACAAUGAGGUGAUUUUAGAGCAAUUUACAAAGAUGUCCCAGGCAGAAGAAAGUCAGGAAAGUGAAAUUAUAUCACCAAAGUCUGACUCUGAAAAACAAUCUACCAGUGUAAAGUGUGUCAGUAAUGAUGACUUAUCUGGAGAGACACAAGUAAAAUCUAGUCAAAAUAAACCUGACGGUGAUGGAGCAAGUGGUGAAGAUGUGUGUAAACCUAGUAAUCUUUCAUCUCAGGACAGCAAAGCUAAGAAAGACUCCACCCAUGGACCAGAUCUUUCUUAUGAAGUCCUGGAGAAUAGUAAAAUACACAGUGUUAUUGUCAGUGAGGCCAUGAGUCCUUGGUCGUUUUAUGUGCAAAAGUUCACGUCUGACUUGGAUGAUCUUAUGAAGGAUUUACGUUCUUUGCAGGACUUGGAUCCUGUUAUUAACCUUCAACAAGGAAUGGUGUGCCUGGCAAAGUUUUCUAAAGACUCUUGUUAUUACAGAGCAAAAGUAGUGGAGAUUUGUUCCCAAGGUUCUGAUCCAUCAGUUGAAGUAUUAUUUGUUGAUUAUGGAAAUGGGGAAUCCAGAAAGCAGUCACACCUUAGGAGUUUACCACAGAAGUGUGCUAGUCUGCCAGCACAGGGUAUUUUGUGUGCUUUAACACAGGUUGCCCCAGACAAUAAAUACAAGAUAUGGACUGAGGAAGCCAUGACUCUAUUCUCACAGCUUGUGUCAGGGAGAAGAUUUAAUUGCAUGCCUUACUAUGUGUCAGAGGAACCUUUCCUCCCCUCUGUAGUUGGAUUAUUCUUUAAUAUCCCAGAACAGAUUAUAAAAGAUGGGAAUAUUGUUUUGCAGCCGGGACCAAAGCAAAUCAGUAUCCAUGAAUACAUAAUUGAAAAGGGUCUAGCUAAGUCCAUAUCACUGGAGGAUCAGCUUCAGUUGUUAAAUUGCUCUCCUGUAAAGGAGGAACCAAAAGACUGUUUGAAAAAGGAUUGGAAAGGUCUUCCAUCAAGUGACAGCGAGGACAGCAAGAAACAGCGUGAAGGCCACAAAAUGUCUGUAGAGUGUAAAUCUAAGGUUAACAUAGGGAGCAGUGUGGAGACAUUGUCUGACAGUACACACAGUGUUCCACGCCUACCCAAGUCUUCUACUAGGGAUGAGAGAGAACGCAAGACAAAAGCAGAGAAGGAAAGAAGAGAGGCCAGAGCUAAACAAAAAAGAAAAGAAUGCCAGGACAAGUCCCAAGUCAAACCAUCGAAAAAUGAAGAGGUUAAUUCAAAAGAGGCUUCAAAAUCCUCAGUGAAAAAACACCGUGACAAAGGACAGGUAGAGGAGACUUCUGAUUCUGCUGGACCUGUGUGUUCUACUCCCAAUGAUAAAGAUGAAGACCAUAAUAAUCUUAAUGCUGAGAAGACACAAGACAAGAAGACAGUACAGGAAUCAGUCCAGAAUAUUACAGAAAUAAAGAUACAGAAUGUGGUUGAUGAUUCAGUGUCAGUGAAAUCAUCCUCAGAGUCAGAGAGCCAGAUUACAACAUACACUGUAGACAAGACCGUCAAUCUCCCCUCCAAGAUUAAUGUAGACAAAUCCGGUCUGAUGGUAAUGCUUUCUCAUGUUGAGUCUCCAUCCAAUUUUUAUGUCCAUCUUGUGUCUGAAUUGAGUGCUAAAACUAUUGAUCAUCUGCAUCUAAGUUUGAAUAAGACAAUGGAGCAGAUGUCUAGGAAGCAGCUGCAGAAGAUGAGCAAAUCUUUCCAGCCCUCUGUGGGAGAUUUAUGUUGUGUCUUAUUUUCUGAGGAUAAUCAGUAUUAUAGAGGACUAGUAACCAAGCUAGAGAUGACCUCGCCCACCAAGGCGUCAGGGAACAAAACAUCAGGUCCAGAAUAUGUCGGAAAAGUUCAUAUAUUUUACAUAGACUUUGGUAACCGUGAAGUUGUCCCCAAACGAAAGUUAUUCCCUCUACCUCAACAGUAUGCAGAUCUACCCAGUCUGGCUGUCCAUGUCAGUCUGGCUUAUAUCCAACCUUAUGUUUCCAGGGGAUCUCCAAAGAAGGAGGAGCAAUGGUCAAAGGAAGCAGUGCAGAAGUUCAUUUCUAUUACAGGGUUUGAUUCUGCUAUGAGUAUGAUUAUUGUGGAGGGAGGAGAUAUUCAGAAAAUGCUGGGAAAUCACCCAAGUGUGGUGGUAGAGAUGCCUCCAUUACAAGUGUUACUAGUAGAUACCUCAAUAGAGGAGGAAGAUGUAUGUGUUAACAUGGACCUUAUCAGACUUAGUCUGGCCAGGCUUUGUGCCGUGGAAAACCCAUCAAAAGAUACCCCCACAAGUGAACCACCAAGUGUAGCCUCUCCUGAUGAAAUGAAGGACUGGAACCCAAUGCUGGAUGAUUACAUGGAUGUCAGGAAUUCCUACAAAGUGGACGUGGAUGAUGCCGGAGUGGCCACCAUAGGCAUUAAGGUCCAGGAUGAAAAGAGGAUUUGUAAAUAUUACCAAAAGAACAAGUGCUGGAGAGGGGAUAAGUGUCCAUACAGACAUGUCAUCGUGGCAGAAGGUGCCCUGACAGGAGAUGUGGACUAUGUGUACGGUGAUGUGAUGGAGGAGUACCAUCAGGACGACCUUCCUGAUCCUGGCUCCUGGAUUGCCUGUGAAGUAUCCACCAUCUUAAACCCUUCCCACUUCUAUAUAGUCUUGCCUUUUGGUAAAGAGCCCUUGGCAUCUCUAGAACCAGCCAAAAAAGAAGAGGGUUACAGCAGUUUUCAACAGGAAACAUUGGAAGACUUGAUGGCAAGUUUACAAGAGUUCUAUGGUGGGAAGCAGUUUGAGGGGAGUUAUGUAGAUUAUGCUCCUGGAGAAAUGGUGGUGGCACGUUACAGUGUAGAUCUGCAAUGGUACAGAGCUCGAGUCAUCAGCUCGGGGGACAGGAAAGUGGAGGUGUUUUAUGUGGACUUUGGCAACAAGGAGUUUGUGUCUGACAAAUCAGUGCGUAACAUUGACCCCCAGUUCCUCCAUCUACCCCUCCAGGCACUGGAAUGUUUCCUAGUGGACAUAGAACCUGUAGGAGGAACUGACAGAUUUAGUCAAGAGGCCAGAAUGGAAUUUAGAAAACUAGUCGAUGGAAAAACGUUGGUUGCCUACAUCAAGUCAAGGUCUUGGAGUGGGUGUGCCUGGAUUGAGCUUUUUGAUACUUCUGGAGAGGAGGACAUUAGCAUUGCUCGUACAUUGAUUGACCAAGGGCUAGCACAGGAAUCAACCGCUUUAUCCAGCACUACCAGUGGGAGAGGCAGCAACACAUCAAGUCGAGUCUCUAGUCAGGAAUCCCUUAUCUUGGUUCCGGGAUAAUUACAUGUGAUACAGCAAAGUCCAUCCAGAGAUGUGCAAGAGGAUAACAAAGAAUCCAAAAAAUAAAUCUAGUACCUUCUCUUUUUAAGAGGAUGCUACGUAGGAUAAGAAAAUGACAUACAGCAUUUACAAAACAGAAGUUCAUUAUUUUCAGUUUUCAAAAAAACAAGAUUUAGGCAAAAAACAUGAAUAUUUACAGUACAUAAAUUUUAGUACAAAGUUCAGAAAUGGUUGGAUCCAAUUUGUGAAAUAUUUAGUUGAGGGAGCCAUGGAGGUAUUAGAAGAAAUUUUAAUUCAUAAAUCCUUUAAUGUUUGUUCAGUUUUGGCUGACAGUCAUGUGAUAUAUUUGAAUACAAAACCAUUGUCCCUGUAAUAGAGGAAGUAGAUGUUACACCUAAAGUAAUCAAAUACUGUGGUCACUUGAGACACUCACAUGCUACAGUGUAUAUUGUAAUGAACUUAUAAAGUAAGGGUAGGGAUGUUAGCAAUAUUGAUUUAUUAGUAAAUCUGGUUCAAGCUCAUUACUGUACAUAGUAUAAAUCUGGUUCAAGCUCAUUACUGUAUAUAAGUCUGGUUCAAGUUCAUAACUGUAGUAUAAAUCUGGUUCAAGAUCAUUACUGUAGUAUAAAUCUGGUCCAAGUUCGUUACUGUAUAAAUCUGGUUCAAGUUCAUUACUGUAGUAUAAAUCUGGUUCAAGUUCAUUACUGUAGUAAAAAUCUGGUUCAAGUUCAUUACUGUAGUAUAAAUCUGGUUCAAGAUCAUUACUGUAGCAUAAAUCUGGUUCAAGAUCAUUACUAUAGUAUAAAUCUGGUUCAAGUUCAUUACUUAGUAUAAAUCUUGUUCAAAAUCAUUACUGUAGUAUAAAUCUGGUUCAAGUUCAUUACUUAGUAUAAAUCUUGUUCAAAAUCAUUACUGUAGUAUAAAUCUGGUUCAAGAUCAUUACUGUAGUAAAUCUGGUUCAAGUUCAUUACUGUAGAAUAGAUCUUUGAAAUUGAACUUACAAGGUUCCAUUGAUUUUAAUUUUUAAAAACUUUACUCGAUUCUCAGGUAAAGAAAAACGUGUUCAUAAGGCAUAACUCUUGUUUUAAAAUUGUUAUGUUAUUCGAUAUCCAAGGAAAGUAGCAGUACUUUCAAGAGUGGUUUUUUUUUAUGAAUAUUAUUUCAUAAACAUUUUUCUUCCUUUUCAUUCAUCUGUAUUGUAUUUUUUUUUAUCACGUACCAAAUGGUUGCAUCUGACAUAUUUUAAAAUCCAGAGACUAGCAUUGAGAUUGUUGCACAAGUGAUAUAAAAAUCAAGCUUGCUCAUAUUUGUUAGUUGUAAUAGGUCAGUACAUGUACUAGUUCUAUCCAUUAUGUUUCGGGUAACAUGUCCAUUAGGACACUCUAGUCUAGUUAGUUAAUCUAGUUAACAAAAAGCGUCAUCUUUUCAAGUUAUUCAGUCCAAAUGUCACAAUUUGCUCAUACAGUAACAACUUGUAGAUAAAUGCAUUUUGACAGUUACAAAUUUGAAAGAGAAAAAAAUGUCAUAAAUACUGUAAUGGACAAUAUGCAAUGUAUAUGAAAAAUGCUAUUUUGAUAUCGAAUUUCCUUUACGUAAUUGUUUCCAUCUUCAUUCAUGCAUAUUUUGUUUUCUCAUUUAAUGUUUGAUAUUUUUACAUUUGAUGUUUGACGUGUUUAUUGAAAUUUUGAUAUGUACAUGUUAUUUCCAAUGUCCAAAUAGACAAUUUAAUUGUGCCAAACUUUCUGUAUUUUAAUAAAUGCAAGAAAAGCAAUUAAAAUGAUAAUGA